UGAAGGCGACCUCUGUAGAGACUUCCGGAUGUGGUUGUAGUAAACACGGGCUGUGGAGGCAGGCACUGAGGGAGGACCAGGAGAUGCGCUUGAAAUUCUGAAAUGAUGUGUUUGGAAGAGCUGACGUUGGAGCAGGGGAUUGCAGAGUGUCCAGAAAAUGUCAGCGACCCCCGCCACUGCUUGGACACCUGUGGGCUGACCUGCAUCCCCUAGAAUGCCUGGAUGGUUCAAAAAGGCGUGGUAUGGGCUGGCGUCUUUACUCAGCUUCUCCUCCUUUAUCCUGAUCAUUGUGGCCCUGGCAGUGCCCCACUGGCUGAGUGGGAAAAUUCUUUGUCAGACUGGAGUGGACCUGGUCAAUGCCACGGAUCCAGAGCUCAUCAAGUUCAUUGGGGAUAUUUACUACGGGCUCUUCCGAGGAUGUAAAGUACGACAGUGCGGGCUGGGGGGCCGCCAGUCCCAAUUCACGAUCUUCCCACACCUGGUGAAGGAACUCAAUGCAGGCCUCCACGUGACCAUUCUGCUGCUCCUCUUCUUGGCCUUGGCCCUGGCUCUGGUCAGCAUGGGAUUUGCCAUUCUCAACAUGAUCCAGGUUCCAUACAGGGCAGUCAACGGCCCCGGGGGCAUCUGCCUAUGGAACGUCCUCGCAGGCGGAGUCGUGGCCUUGGCCAUCGCCAGCUUCAUGGCCUCCGUGAAGUUUCACGACCUGACCGAGCGCAUUGCCAACUUCCAGGAGAAGCUCUUCCGCUUCGUGGUGGUGGAAGAACAGUACGAAGAGUCCUUCUGGAUCUGUGUGGCCAGUGCCUCGGCCCAUGCAGCAAAUCUGGUAGUGGUGGCGAUCAGUCAAAUUCCGCUCCCCGAGAUUAAGACCAAAAUCGAAGAGGCCACGGUCACGGCUGAGGAUAUCCUGUACUGAUCGCCCUCUCCUGCUCACACCCGAGCCUGAGUCAGUUCUGCAGUGUGAACGGGGACCUCAUUUUUUGUGCUGGCUUUGCAGUCCAGAACACCUGUGCUCCUAAGAAGAAGGAAAUGGAAGGAGAAAGAACGGUGCCUGGACCAGAACAGAAAGGUUUCCCCAACCCCUGGCAUCCCUGCCUUUCCCUCUCACUGACCUUGGAGUUAGAGACUCUGCUUCUUGCCAGCUGUGUGGACACGGACGACUCACUUCAUGUCUGCUUCUCAGUUUCCGCCUCUGUAAAGUGGGGGUGGUAAGGACCUCACAAGGCUGUAAUGAAGUUUAAAGGGGCAGUAAUGUUGCCAACCUGUGAAUCAAUAUAUGUAUCUACAAUCAGAGCACUCUACAAACACAAGGUACUGAACAUUCCACUAAAUGCCUGCAGACCCCUCUAUUCCACACAAUGUUACGGGGGAUGUAAACAGGCAUAUGGUAAUAUCCCUGUCUGUCCGCCAGAAACAUCUAAACUUUCCGCAGGACACAGGAAUCAGAUGGCAACAAUAACACUCAGAAUGAAAGUAACUUACCUUUUUUUUUACCAGUUACUACACACUGGACACUGUCCUAAGAGUUCUACAUAUAUUAGGUCCUCACUACAAAUUCAGAUCAUUGGUACCACUUUAUUUCCAUUUCAUAGAUGAAGAAACUAAAGCACACAGACAUUGAGUAACUUGCUGACGUCAAGAAUUCAGUUGAAGAAGCCUGCAACCAGAGUUUAUACUUGUAACCACUUUGCUAAUCUGUUGUUUGAGGUUCAAGCAAUUGGAAUGCAAUGUGAUAAACACUGUGAGGGUAAAUGCAUAAAAGACUGAGGAAGGGAUUAACUCUUCCAGAUGCGAUGUGGUAUUAAAGAAAGUAUCACAGAGUUGACAUUUGAUCUGAACUUUGAAAGAUGAGUAGACUUUUUCCAGUGGUGAAGGAAGCAGGUCUGGAGAAGGGCAUUUCAGGAUGAGUCAGUAACGAGGGGGAGGCACAAGGUAUGAAAUUACAAAGAGGGCUUGGAAGCAUGUGAAUAUGCAAUGGUAUCAGAAUGUUGUUCUAACUCACCAGUUAGAUCAACCCUGCUGCUUUGUGUUGGGUUUCCCUUAAGUGGUCCUGUGGUGGUUAAUCACAUGUGCCAACUUGGCUAGGCCACCAUACCCAGAUAUUUGGUCAAAUGCUAUUCUAGAUGUUUUUGUGAAGGUAUCUUUUGAAUGAGAUUAACAUUUCAAUCAGUAGACUUUGAGUAGAAGAGGUUGCCCUCCAUCAUGUGGGUGGGCCUCAUCCAAUCAGUUGAAAGCUUUAGGAAAGACUGAUCUCCCUCAACGGAUUGGGAAUUCUGUCAGCAGCUUGCUGCUGCAACUCUUCCCCGGGGCCUCCAGCCUGCCAGCCCACCCUGCAGAUUUUGGACUUGCCAGUGUCCACGAUCAUGUGAGCCAAUUCUAAAAAAAUUAUCUUUCUCUCUGCCUGUCUGUCUCUGCAUGCACAUACACACACACACACACACAUCCAACUGGUCCUAUUUGUCUGGACAACCCUUCCUCAUACAGGUACAAAACUCGUCUGUUCAUCUUCCCACAGUGCCAGCUGGGGUGAAUCCUUUCUCAGGUCUGCUGUCUUCAUGCCAAGUAAAAGUCAUCUAAUCCCCGGAAUUAGCUCCAUCUAACAUGACACCCGAUUUGGACUUGCUCUACCUUUGCUUAAAUGCUGAGCUUCAGGAGGUUUCCAUGGCAUCUCUUCUGUUCUAAUUGCUUGUGAUUCCCUGCUGGGCCCCUCCGCCCCUUCCAGCCCUCUCCCCAUCCCACACAGGGCUGCAGUACUGUUUAACAGACUGACAUUGCUCAUCAAAUAUGCAGAUAGCACAUGGCUGGAAGGGAUAGCUAACAGCGUGAUGGGAAACGGAUCCAAAAGAUAGUGACAGACCGCAGUGCUGUCUUGAAAACAAGUGGAAAAGUCAAUGUCCUCUCAAGCUUAUCAUAAAGUCCUGCAGACAGUUGAGAAAAAAAAUCACACAAGAGCGGCAACAAUUUAUUUUACGAUAAAUAUGUGAGACUCUUGGUACAUUUAUUCAUUCAGUGCAUAUUGAAACUGAUCUAGGGGUUGGGAGUGGAGCAGAGAACAGACAAACAUCCCUGUCUGCCCCCCCAGAGGUUUCAUUCUCUGAGCGCCUGGGGGUGAUUCACACGGAGACCGCUUAUAACAUCGGUAGCCCGGCCACAGCCCUCAACCUGAUCACUGCUCAGGUAUGUGCAGACUGCCACACAGGGGCAGGGGAAAUUGAGUUUUGCCUCUAGUAGUGGAAUUCCCUUAUUAAGAUGGUACUCUUGACCAAGAUGGAUGUGUUCCAAGGAGCCAAAGUGCAGGCGUUUGUGAAUUUUCCCGGUGACAGGGUCCAGAGCUUUUUGGGUUUCAAAAGCAUCUGUAACACCUUAAAAGCUUCAAACCGUGACCCAUCAUGUAGCAGCCAUGAUGUUACCAGAGAUAAUCAGGUUCGGUCUGAAAGGCAUCUCUCAGGGUUAUUGCCAAAGAGAUUCCUGUAUGGAAUUUAGCCAGUUUUGAUGGAGGAAAGAAUGGGAAGCAUUAUCUGGGUCACACAGUUUGUUCACAUGAUCACUCAAACCUAUAGAGAAAAUGUAGCCCCUUUAUUUUGACUAUAGUUAAUCUGCUCUUUUCCUGAGUAAGGAGAAAAUAAUAAUAAAUGCCCAGUCCAGUUUAAAUUUAACCCAACCUUAUCAUUUAUACCAUCAUUCUGGUAAUGUGAAGCUUUCUGGGAUAAAAUGGCUAGUUCUUCAGGUAACUUCUCUUUUGCAGGUGGUACUAGGGUUAUGGGAGAGAAGAUGAUUCUAGAGUUAUGGGAAAGCAGAUCAUGCACACACUUACUCCCUGGAAGUAUCCCCUGUCCUCCUGGUUGGUGGCGGUACACUGGCUGGGCUCUUUGGAGUCCUGUCCCCAGGCUGCUGCUUACCUGCUAGUCAUCCCAGGGCUGUCUCAGGCAGGAGUAAUUUUUGAAAUGUUCUGUCUACUGGCCAGAGCCUGGUCACUCCCUGGAAGACUUGCCCUCAUCUUGGAUCCUACUGGCUGCAGACCUUGAGUGACAAACAAGUCCGCCAUCUGCUGUCCAAGCUGUCACCUGUCUACAGCCAGGCUCUGCUGCAGUC